AUGUCGCAGAACGAAAGGCCCGUGUUUUAUCGCCAGGACGUGAACAAAACCAUCUGGGAAGUGCCCGAGCGCUACCAGAACCUUCUGCCGGUGGGCUCUGGAGCGUACGGAUCGGUUUGUUCUGCUUAUGAUGUGAAAACUGGUUUAAAAGUUGCUGUUAAGAAGCUCUCGCGACCCUUUCAGUCCAUUAUCCAUGCCAAAAGGACAUAUCGAGAACUGCGGCUGCUCAAGCAUAUGAAACACGAAAAUGUCAUUGGCCUAUUAGACGUCUUCUCCCCAGCAACAAGUCUGAAGGAAUUUACAGAUGUAUAUCUCGUCACCCAUCUAAUGGGGGCUGAUCUGAACAACAUAGUCAAAUGUCAGAAACUGACAGAUGAUCAUGUACAAUUCCUCAUAUACCAGAUUCUCAGAGGGCUAAAGUAUAUCCAUUCAGCUGACAUUAUUCACAGAGAUCUGAAACCAAGUAAUCUGGCUGUGAAUGAAGACUGUGAACUCAAGAUUUUGGACUUUGGUUUGGCUCGUCAGACUGAUGAUGAGAUGACUGGAUACGUGGCCACCCGCUGGUACAGAGCCCCAGAGAUUAUGCUCAACUGGAUGCAUUACAACAUGACGGUGGACAUUUGGUCUGUGGGGUGUAUAAUGGCAGAGCUUCUCACUGGAAGGACACUUUUCCCUGGCACUGACCACAUUGACCAGUUGAAGCUUAUCAUGCACCUCGUGGGGACUCCAGAGCCGUCUCUCUUGAAGAAAAUCUCUUCAGACUCUCUACAGCAGAUCAUGCGUUUGACAGGAACACCCCCGACAACGCUAAUAAACAGGAUGCCCAGUCACGAGGCCAGAAGUUAUGUCAUGUCCCUGCCUAUCUUGGCCAAGAGAAACUUUGCUGAUGUUUUUAUCGGUGCCAACCCACUAGCGGUGGACCUUCUGGAGAAAAUGCUGGUGCUGGAUACAGACCAGAGAAUAACAGCAGCCGAAGCUCUGGCUCACGCAUACUUCUGUCAGUACCAUGAUCCAGAUGACGAACCAGUGGCCGACCCCUACGAUCAGAGCUUUGAGAGCAGAGAGCUGGACAUUGAGGAGUGGAAAAGGUUAACCUACGAGGAGGUCAUAAGUUUUGAGCCGCCGCUUUUUAGUGAAGAUGACAUGGAAUAA